AAUCCCUUAUCGAGGACCCAUCAGGCGGCGGGGAAUGUGGCGGCGAUGAAAACAGCCGGAGCGCACUAACACGGGGUGGGUUUAACAUCCUCCAGCAGCCGCCUCGGUAGAGACUGCGAGAGCAGCCGUGGCACCCUUUUCUUAGGAGUGUAGCUCUCUCAGAGUGACUAAAUAUUCAUCGCAGGUGUGUUCACAUUCCCCCGAAUCAUUAUUCUGCCGAUUUACUUGUAUUAACUUAUAGUACUAUAUAACGUCAUUAGUAGCCUAUUUCGGUUAUGUGGCAAGUAAAUUCCUUUUCCUAAUGGAAGUAAACGGUACACGCUGAAUUCCUGAAGUGAGUUUGCCGUAAAGGUCAGCAUUAACCGGUUCAGCGUUUCACCGAGAGUAUCAUUCACUUUAAGUAUAAAGGGAUCUAGGCAUCCAGUGAGCAUUUCAGAAGUAGUUGACUAUUUUUAGAUUUUAUACUUCAUUGAUCCCAAACAGGAUAUUUUGCAUUUUUUAAAUUUUAGUCUUUGAAGAAGGAAAAUAACUUAAGAAAACGGUAUAUUAAUUGUCACCCUAUGUAUUUAUAUAUUAAUGCCUUGGUUUGGUCGUUCCCUCCAUUCAUCCAUCCAUCCAUUUCUAUGACUGCGCAUCUAAUAGAUGUUUUGAUAUAUCUAUUAAUAAAAAAAUACUGACAAUAAACAAGAUAUUCGCGCUGUUGGCGCCAUCUAAUGGAAGAAUGCCUGAACAACGUGAGUUUAACAUCCUUUCGGGAAGUUUGUUCUCUUGGUUUGUACACAGAUUUCUUGGUACUUGUGAAGUUCAAUAUAACUGACUGUGGUGCCUCCUCGGAAGAUGAAGCCCUUGUCGGCAUAAUUUCCCACCUAGUUCCAGUUCACACUUCUUUGUCCUACCCUCGCUCCAGUUCUGCCUUAUCUGUGAUCUAGCUUCUGAGUACUUGACAAACGGUGACAACUUCUCUGGGGUAAUUUCCCAUGUUUUUAAAUCACUCUUUGAUGUUUGUUUCAGGAGCAGCAGCAGACCUUACAACAACUGUAUGAUUUAUUCAUACAGUUUUAUUCAUAAAUUUAUUUUUGCUGUUUCUGCAUUUUAUUCGUAGUAGACAGGUAGUCAUGACCAGGGACGGAUUAUGGGUUGUGUUCGUGAGGCCCCCCCCCCCACCACCACCAGCACCACCACCACAGCCACCACAAUUCAAGGGCCCUUGGCAGCCAAACGCCCUCCCUAUAGGGUCAGGGGCCCUUGUAGGCAGAGGAUCAAAGAAUGUAGGCCCUCUAAAAUAGACAAACGAAAAUACAUUGUUGAUAAGCGUUGCAAAUUGUUUUGGGCUAGGGGCCCCACGGGCCCCCUGCACCCCAAGGGGCCCUGGGCAGCGGCCCCGCUGGCCCGGUCCGUAAUCCGUCCCUGGUCAUGACAUACCUUAAGUAAUUCAUAUCAGUUAACUUUUAUAGGCUUAUAAUGGGGACUUUCACUGAUUGAAAUUUUGGCCUAUACUGCAUCCGAGGCUGCCAGUCUCAAACAUUAGAUCUAACUGUGUCCUCUGCUUUUGCUGUACAUCUUAUUUCUGCUUUAACCUGUUGUUCUCUUGCUGUUGUUUUUACUUGGAUGUGACUCACUAACUUAAAAGUGGGUAGCACACAUAUUUAUAGUUUAUUAAACAAAUGUUGGCAUGUUUUGAAACAGAGCCUGUCUACAAAUUAUCAUGAAAUUCCCUACCAGCUGUUUGACUGCAGGAGUCUCACAGUUGCCUGACAACCAAUGGGAUCACGACAAGGGGCGUGGUUUAUUGGAACUGGGUUGGAAAUUGUGUACAUGCUGUCAGAGGUACCCUGUGGAUCCACAUUCCAUUACAGUAGAAAAGUUGUUUGGAACAAGUCCCAAACCACAGACCAUGUGACACUGCCAAAUAAUUAAUGUACUUGGGUAAAAAUCUGUCAGUAAUCCAUUUUUACAAUAUUGCAGGCCUGUUGUUAACUUAUAGUAUUAUAUUGCUAGUUUACUUGGUGCCAUAAGAAAAUUAAGUGCCAUAAGAAGAUGUCAGUCUUUUAGAGUACAAGGAAACAGAUGAAGAAGAUUGAAGUCUUGAAAAGAAGAAUGAAAAGAAUGACAACAUUUUUAUCUUUAUGUUUGUAAUAUUUUAGUCUGUGUUUGUCUUUCUUUGGCAGUAGAUGGACUUGAAUGCCGUGUGGGUAACAGCCGUAGUUUUACAGGUUGAUUCCGAGGUAUACGAUUACAGCUGCGGCUUCUCCACAUCCCCUUCUUGGUUUUGAGAGAUGGAGAGGCAGAGAGAUUUCCUGGACAGUCAGUGUAGUCGCCCCAGUGAGAGCGACUCUGCCACCUCCCUGAAUUCCGAUACUGUUAAAGAUUUCAGGAGGAAACUCAAAUACUUCUUCAUGAGCCCCUGUGAGAAAUUCAACGCACAAGGGCGAAUAUCUUGGAAACUGCUUCUACAGAUCCUUAAAAUCGGACUCGUCACAGCCCAGUUGAUCUCCUUUGGACUCGGUAACCAGAUGAUGGUCACAUUUGAAGAUGAGAUUUUGGUCACACUCAGGCAUCUACUUUUGAAAGGAUAUAUUGACAGAAAUAUUGAGAAUUAUGCCGUAUACACAAAGUCUGAAGUGUAUGACCACAUCAAUUUUAUUGUUGAUCAGUAUGUACAUUUGGGGAAUCUUUCUGCGGGCAACCAUGCUUACGAGAAGGACGGCGAGAAGUAUUCGCCUCUUUCCAUAUGCCAGGACUUCUACAGAAAGAGCUUGAUUUUUCCAGAAAAUGAGACCUUCCACAUUGAUCCCCACGUUGAAUCAGAGUGCUCGGACAUAUAUCCAUCGCAGCUCCUUGCAGACCCUACAAUUAUGAAAAAACAGUUGAAUAUCACUCUGGAUUUUAAAAGGCUGAUUAGAAUAAAAAUUCAUUUCGUAUUGAAGGCCAUAAACGUGCAAACGCUGUUUCAUCAGGAGUUGCCUGACUGCUACGUCUUCGCUGUGGCGACCACGUUUUAUAACAUUGCUCAAAGUGGACGCAUGAAAAUGACUCUGAACAGCAAAACUGACAUUAAGGAGUGUAAAGACGGGAAUGUUACAUUCACGUUUCCCAGGAACAUCCAUUACGUGACGUUUGACUCUUUCAUCAUCCUCACCUGUUUGACGUCGCUGCUUCUGUGCGCUCGCUCGCUAAUCAAGGGGAUUCGGCUGCAGUUCGAAUACAGUGCCUUUUUCCAAACCCUACACAAUAAUGUACCACCAUGGUCAGAUCGCAUGGAGUUCGUGAAUGGCUGGUAUAUUCUGAUUGUAUUCAGUGACUCCUUGGCAAUAUCAGGCUCUCUCCUCAAAAUCGGAAUCCAUCUGAAGAAUUUUACCAGUUAUGACGUCUGUAGUAUUCUGCUGGGUACAGCCACACUGCUGGUCUGGACAGAAGUUAUCUGGUACCUCAACUUGUUUCAGAAAUAUAACGUCCUAACCCUUGCCCUAAAGGCAGCCUUUCCAAAUGUCCUCCGGUUCUGCGGAUGUGUGAUCGUGAUCUAUCUUGGUUACUGCUUCUGUGGCUGGGUUGUGUUAGGACCGUACCACUCAAAAUUCCAGACUUUGAACACCGUGUCCGAGUGCCUGUUCUCCGUCAUUAGUGGAGACGUCUUCCACACCUUCAAGAACAUACGGAGAUCGAGUUAUCUGGUGUGGCUCUUCAGCAGACUGUACCUCUACUCCUUUGUUUUGCUCUUCGUCUACAUGGUUUUCAGUCUCUUCAUCUCGCUUAUCACAGACACAUGCAACACCGUAAAGCAACAGCAGCAAGACCGCCGGACGGAGUCGGCACUGAGAGCGUUCAUAGACUGCAAAGACCUGCCGGAUUCAGGGAAGUUCACGCUGGACGAGGAACCGGAUUCAUGCUCUUUUUGCAACUGCUUUCGUACCACAAUAAGCUCUGAUAUGUUAGAGGAUGAGGAAAAGACAUUAAGGGAUGACCUAAAAUACUACUUCAUGAGUCCCUGUGAGAAGUACAGGGCACGUGGGCAGAUCCCAUGGAAGCUUGGAGUGCAGAUACUGAAGAUCAUUAUGAUCACCACACAGCUUAUCCUUUUCGGCUUGAACAAUCAGCUUGUGGUUUCCUACAAGGAGGAGAACACGGUGGCUUUCAAGAGCUUAUUCCUGAAAGGCUACACCGGUGUUGAUGAAGAUGACUACAGCAUCGCCCUGUACACGCAGCAGGCAGUUUCCGACAGUCUGUUCCACGUGAUAGAGCAAUAUGCGCAGUUAAAGGACCUCUCCGUUGGACCGGUGAAUUACGCUCAGAAUGAUGACACAUGGUGGCCCAUCAAGAUCUGCAAAGAGCACUACGAGAAAGACAGCGAAGAGUUAUACAACAUCAAAGCCCAAACAGAAAAAGUUUGCUUGGAGUUCAAUCCAGUCACACUGAAUGACAACCGAUGGAAGCGUGACAAUGCAUCCUUCUUUGUCCUGGAUUUUUACAGGCUCGUCAACGUUAAGAUCACGUUCCAGCUGAAAGCAGUCAACCUCCAAACGAUCCAAGUGCGCGAACUGCCGGACUGUUAUGAUUUUCUCGUCACGAUUACUUUUGAUAAUCACUGCCACAGUGGACAAAUUAAAGUAUACUUUGAUAUCAGUGCUCUCAGCAGCAUAUGCAAAAACUGGAAGAUUUCCGGAACAGCCCAGAAGAACCCACAUUAUCUUCUGGUGUUUGAUAGCAUCAUUAUUAUGGUCUGUCUGUCAUCUGCGGUGCUCUGCACUCGUUCCAUCUUCCUGGCAGUGAAGCUGCUCCAGAGGUUUUCCAGGUUUUUCCACGUGAACUUUAAACGCGUGGUGUGUGAGGAUGACCAACGCGAGUUCUUGAACGGCUGGUACGUCAUGGUCAUCGUCAGUGAUGCUUUGGCCAUAGUCGGGUCUAUCUUGAAGAUGGAAAUACAAUCCAAGAAUCUGACAAGCUAUGAUGUCUGCAGUAUCUUCCUUGGAACUUCCACAUUGCUGGUGUGGGUGGGAGUGAUCAGAUACUUGGGCUACUUCCAGAAAUAUAAUGUGCUCAUCCUCACGAUGAAGGCCGCCUUCCCCAAGGUCCUUCGCUUCUGUUGCUGUGCAGGCAUGAUCUACCUCGGAUACACCUUCUGCGGCUGGAUCGUCCUCGGACCGUACCAUGAAAAGUUUGAGGGCUUGAGCCGGGUCGCCGAGUGCCUGUUCUCCCUGGUGAACGGGGACGACAUGUUCCCCACGUUCGCUCAGUUCCAGGAGAAGAGCAUCCUGGUCUGGCUCUUCAGUAGGAUAUACCUCUACUCCUUCAUCUCGCUCUUCAUCUACAUGGUGCUCAGCCUCUUCAUCGCUCUCAUCACCGACUCCUACGAAACCAUAAAGAAUUACCAGAAGAAUGGUUUUCCUGUGACUGACCUUCAGAAGUUCCUGAGCGAUCAGAGGGAUUUUCCUUGCUCUGAGGGACCAAGAGAGCUCAAUUACUGGGGGCUUUGCUGCUGCAAAAGGCUUCCGAAAGAUGAUGGUAUCUUGCUUAUCUGCUGAAAAUGGCUAUUCUGGAUGGCAGGAAAUGAGGGUGGACCUCUCUGAGCUUGAGACCAAAAGCACAGAUAUCACUGGGGGUUGGGCUGGGCUUGGCUAUGCUGAAGAACCCAGAGACGACUUAAGACACCUGAAUGUUGAAUGCUAUAUGUUGCUGGUCAACAGCAGAAGUGGAUAGUUCAGAUGCAGAAAGCAAAAAUCCAGACCAAGAUUUUGUUUAAACAAAGUGCCAGGACUCAACGAGUUGGUUGAAACUAAAAUCUUGGUCUGGAUUUUUACUUUCUUGACCUGAACUAUCCAUCUCUGAUCAACGGUAGCCUUUCAAGCUCAAAAUACACACUUAUUCACUGCAAAAGGGAUUACUGUGCCUGGUGAUUUUAUAGGGUCAAUCAGUCAUAAUGCAAAAGCAAUUUUUGCCCUCUGUAGGCAGAAAGAUGUUGACCCCAAGGUCCUGGAGUGAUGCUCUGAUUUGCUCGUGGUUUCUCUUGCCUGUUAGUCAGUUGUUAUACAGAUUGCAAAUAUAUACGUAUUUGUAUUUGCAUGCUACCUGCACAUAAGGUGCACUUCUGCUGAAAAGUGCAAUAAUGUCUCUCUUCAUGUCUCGUUUCAUCUCGAUGGAGACUGAAUAUACUUGUGUUUACACCAAGCUGUACAUGUGCACCGAGUCUUGCUUUGCCUGUGUCUGCAUAAAAACUGUUGUGUCUUUUAA